AUGCUGAAAAACGUAGCUUCAACGGUUUUGAGCGGUGUAAUGCGAUUCGUUUCGACCAGACCGAUUUGUUCUUUUCCGAGGGUCGGCAUUAACGGAUUCGGCCGCAUAGGUAAAUGUAUCAUGAGGCAGUGUUUCGAAAACAACGUGAACAUCGUCGCAGUGAACCAGCCGUUCGUCGACGUGAAUUCAAUCGCAUACACGUUUAAGUACGACACGGUACACAGAGAGUUCAAAGGAAAAAUCGAGGUGUGCAACAAACAGCUGCAGAUCAAUGGCCACGGUGUGAAAGUGUCCCACGAAGGGGACGCGGAAAAAAUCAAAUGGAACGACUUGUGCGUCGAUUACGUGAUUGACGCAACCGGCAAGUACACCGAAGUGGACAAUGCGAUGAAACACGUAAAAGCGGGCGCGAAAAAAGUGAUCAUCUCGGCCCCGAGCAAGGACGCGCCGAUGUUCGUCGGAGGCGUGAACUUCGACACCUACGACAAGUCCAUGCAAGUGGUGUCGAACUCUUCGUGCACGACAAACUGCGCCGCGCCCGUGAUCAAAGUCAUUCACGAAGCUUUCGUCGUCCAAAGCUGUAUGAUGACCACAACGCACGCCAUGACUGCGUCUCAACCAGUCCACGACGGGAUGAUGAACCGAUCGGGACCCUAUAACAUCGUACCCGGCACCACUGGGGCAGCUAAAGCGGUAGUAAAGGUGUUACCGCACCUUGAUGGCAAGAUCAAAGCAGACGCGGCCAGAGUUCCAGUUCUAGACGUGUCUUUAUUAAAACUCUACAUUAACAUUGGUAAAGAAGCGACUGCUGACACGAUUAAGAAUGAGAUAAAAUGCCGAGCCGAUUCCGACCUGAAAGACGUGCUGUCCUACACCGAUCAAAAAAACGUAAGCUCGGACUUUAUCGGCAACACGUUCUCGGCCAUUGUGGAUCUAAAUCAAAUCGAAGUGAUCGGCAAUAUGAUCACGAUUGGCGCGUGGUAUGACAACGAGAUGGGCUAUUCGUGUAGACUAUUGGAUUUAGUGAAACACAUGGCGGUGGUCGAUGGUGGAUGUAGAUGA